AUGAAGCUGGCAUACCUUUUCCUUGGCCCCAUGGCCCUCUUCCUCCUCGCUGGCUGCAGCUGUGUCCUCAGCACCUCCAGUGGGAACCUGCUCACCUUUGUGGGCUGUGCCGUGAGGGAGUUCACUUUCCUGGCCAAAAAGCCAGGCUGCAGGGGCCUUCGGAUCACUACAGAUGCCUGCUGGGGCCGCUGUGAAACCUGGGAGAAGCCCAUUCUGGAACCCCCCUACAUUGAAGCCCAUCAUCGAGUCUGUACCUACAACGAGACCAGACAAGUGACAGUCAAGCUGCCCAAUUGCGCCCCUGGAGUGGACCCCUUCUACACCUACCCCGUGGCUGUCCGCUGUGACUGUGGGGCCUGCUCCACGGCCACCACGGAGUGCGAGACCAUCUGAAGCUGAUGUGGCCGGCAGAACACAGCUGGUGGCCUUGAGCUUCCCAGACCCACCUGCAUGGGCAGCACGAGCAGCCUUCCCCCUGCAUUCGAGCACUGUCUAGUUUUGUCUACCCCUGUGGAGGAGGGUACCUGUCCCCCUUAGGUCCAACUCAGGCACAAGGCCCAGAGGCAGCCUAUUGAUGCUAAAAAUGCAAAACAGUAUCUGUGUUUUCAACAAAAUAAUUUCUCUGGCUCACACACUUGCAAAUUAUUUUGUCUUUACCUUGAAUUUCAGAACGUAAUCUGCAUAUAUCCCAAUCUUCCUCCAAUUUAGAUUUAUAAUAUGCCAAUGGUUUAAGUACAGUGGGAGUAAUUAGGAAAUGGGUCUAGAAAGUCUUUACGUUCUCAUGUCUUAUUUAACAAUUGGUCUCUGACGAGAUUUAUGAUUUAAGGGCCGGAAAUUAAUAAAACCAAUGCUUUGUCCUCACACCCCCAAAGAAAAUCCAGCUGCAAGCUUCCUUCAAGAAAAUACUCCCUUCUUGUUUUAAUUGAGUGCUUACCUAUAUGAGAAACAGAGAUUGCUCAGAUUAAAAAAGGAGACAACAGUAGCUGAAAUUGAGAAACCUCCAGUUCUGGGUGAUUCUUGGCCAUGCAUAAUUCUCAAAGACCUCCUGAAUAAGGAGGCCCUUUUGUGAUUAAAAACAAACAAACAAACAAACAAACAAACAAAAAAACAGCCUCAGAAAAAAAUAUGUAACUAAAGCCAUCAUUUAGGUCUAAGGACGUUGCAGCUAAACUCUGAUUUUAGACUCAUGUGAUGCUCUCCCAAAGCUAGGCCCAAAAUGAUUAAUCACAAAUACUCUUUCUCAUUUAGCAUAUUUUAAAUUUGUGACUUUUUUAAACUCAGAAAUUUUGCAUGUUUGUUGGGUAAAGCUGCGCUGCUGGCUCGGGGGAAGUCUGUGAUGGUCGUCGAGCUCUUGCGCUCUCUAAAAUCUUACAGCAGCUGAUUUUCUGUGAUUUUUUUUUUUUUUAACUCUGGUAUUAUGCAAGUGUCUUUAAUUCUGGCAUUUUGGGGUUGAAAUGAGCCUUGUUCCUUAAUCAUGAUAUGCCAAG